AUGUGUUUACUUCACUCUUAUUUUAAAAGACAAAACUAUUGGACGAACUAUUAUAUUAUUUCAAUCGCAUCCCUAAAAGGAUGUACCAUUGAAGAGGUGGAUCAAAGUAAGAACAAAGUUUGCAAACCGUUAACUAAAGACGACUAUUCAUCAGUUUGUCGUUUUGAGAGCCACGGAGGAGGUUGGGGUUUUUCUAGUCAUUCGAUAGAAGCGAUUAGAUUUAUGGCCGACACAGACAUAUUGUUGGGAGGGUUUGGUUUGUUUGGUGGUCGCGGAGAAUAUACGGCAAAAUUAAAACUGUUUGAUAUCGGAUCAAGUGGUCAGUCAGUAGUGAAUACAGAAGAUCAGGUUGUCUUCUAUUUCAAGAGCUCUAAAAAGUCUAACAAUGGAACCGAUGUAAAUGCGGGACAAAUACCACAACUGCUCUAUAAAGUGAUGUCAACUGGAAUUGAAUCUUCGAGUCGUUUCUCAAAUCGCAAUGAAACCAACGACUUAUACGAAGAGUCCAUUUGUAUAGUUAGUAAAGAUUUUUCAUUAACCGUUAAAACGGAAUGCUUUCAAUCGCUUCUGAAACUAUUGCGAUGGAGUUGGAAGUCAUUUAAAUCAAUUGUUUGUGAUAUGAGUCGCACCGGUAGUACGGAAUACAGCGAUUCAAUGGGUGAUAAUGUGAUACAAUUGAAGCACUUGACGUACAUUUGUUGUUCGGCACUUCAUUUGCUUAAUGUCUAUAUUAACGAAAUCUAUCCAAACCGUCACAAUCCGGGCAAAAGUAUUACCCAAAUGAACGACUGGUUACGACUGGCCGAAUGCAUAUACGAAGUGAGGACACAGUUGAAGCACAUACUGUCGUCACCACCCGAACCACCGCCACGUAAUCAUUCGUUUACCGGUGAAGUGAAUGCUUUUGUAUCGCAAAUUAUGGACGAAAGUCACGAAACAUUCCUCUCGUGUUACCAUUCCUUCUAUCCGAACGGUUCGCUCAGAUGGCGAGCGCUUUGCGAUCUUUUGCUUAACGACGACAAUAGGUUAUCGCAAAAGUUUUGUUCCUAUUUAUUGUCUGCAAUGUUAGCCGCUUUGUGUCGACCGUGUGUUCGCUUAACCCAAACGUUUCCCAUUAUGAAUGGUUUGGAUGUCUAUAAUCUUCAGAGUCCUUCUGAACUUCAGAGUCCUAUUUCUGAUUUAGGCAUAAGUUAUGAGAAUUCUGUAUUAAACGAAAAAAUUCAGGAAAAGACUGACGAAGAAGGGUGUCAUUCGGGAACUGAGUGUUCAUUUCGUGAUAUUUUCAAUAAUUUGCUUAAAAUAAUCGGUCAACCGAUUAGGUAUAGUCUACAACAAGAGAGCAAUACAUUGGACAUGGAUUUAGAAUCAGAAAUAGAGUCCGACAACAGUUAUACACAAUUAGUCGAGAAUUCGUGUAAUCUUAUCAUAACAAUUAUGUCUGAAUUGGUGGCUCAGGUGACUGGAAUCGGGUUUGACUCACACGUGAUGAGUGGCCAACAAUUACAUUUAACUCCGUCCAGAUUUUCGCGUAUUUCACAGAACAGGACGUGGAAUACAGGCAAUGGAUCUCCCGAUGCUAUUUGUUUUUCAGUAGACAGAGCAGGCAUUUCUAUUGCUGGUAUUACAGUUUAUGGAGGUAUUGGUAAUGAAUGGCACUAUGAACUGGAAUUACUUGAUUAUAAUGGAGUUGCCGUUCACGACGAUAAGUCAUUAUCACGCGAUGGACAGUCACACUCAUGGCGUACCAUAGAGUUAGUGAAAGGCACCUAUAGUUUUGAAGAUAAAUCCAGUGAUGUCUGUGAAAUGAAAUUCGACAGAUCAGUAUUGAUUGCACCAAAUGUUAAGUAUGCCAUACGUCUCAAAAAUCACGGCCCGCGCACUAACAACGGUGACGCCGGACUCACACAUAUCAGAGGAGCCGACGGAACAACCUUUACGUUCAGUGACUGUUCGCUAAGUUUUAACGGAACUAAUCAUACGAGAGGACAAAUACCACAGAUUCUAUACUAUAGUACCCCUCAGUCUAGUAAAAGUGAUUCAAAACAUUUUGUUAUUAAUGAAGAAAUUCCCCGCAAAAAUGCCAUCGCUAUCACCGAAAGUGUUAUCUCAUUAACUGUAGAUCUGUUACUUCAGGCCCAGGAGUGUCCAUCCGUUGAUCUCAUUUGGAAGAUCUCUUCAUCGCUUUUGAUUAAAAAGUUGUUGCCAUCACUUCUCAACUAUUUAUCUCCAGUUGUUUCAACUGACACCAAGAGUGCAAUACAAAUAUUAUCAACAAUCAGACAAUUAGUGCCAUUAGUUGUGUUUCUAAACAAAUCUAACGACUUCUGUGCAAUCAAUCAAUCAUCUCCUUUACCGCCAUCGAGUCCACCGAUAACAACAUCCAGACAUUAUGUGACUGUAGAGAGUGAUCAUCCGUAUAAAUCAGCGACUGUUUGCAAUUAUUUGGUUAAGUUUGCGCCGACAGUAAAGUGGAUGUGCAUAGAAUUUGACAGCCGAUGCGCGACCGCUCAACCGGAAGAUAUACUUCAGAUGUAUAUUCCUGAAUAUCGACUGACAAAGUGUUGGGAGUCAUCAAAAACUACAAAAUAUUACGAUAACAACAAAAGCUUAUGGCCUGUGCUUAAAAAGUUUUCAGGAAAGUCUAGUAAUUGGCCGACAAAUUCAGUGGUAAUUCCAGGCAAUGAAAUGAUAUUUUCAUUGGAAACGGCAUCCGAUUACGUGAAAGAAGAUAAAAGUCUUUACUAUGGAUUUAGAGCUCAAGUGAUUGGUUACGAAAAUCCGUUAACUGAAGGCUUAUAUUUAGGUCUACAGUAUUUGGAACAGGAGUUGACUUAUUUGUCCGGUAUUUGUAUUAAAACACUUUUGAAKAAAAAUCUCAUUUUCCCACAAAAUCCGAUUGAAUUACUUACCAAUUGA